AUGAAGACAAUUCCAAUGCCUCAGAUGGAACAAGAAUUCUAUAAAGGCUUCAUUGGCUGGGUGUACAGUUGUAUUACAACAGAAGCAAUCAUUACUUACAGAGCUGGUGAAGAGAUUCGUGAGAUACAUGUGUGUGAUCCAAUGUGGCUGGUUAAUUGCUCGGCGAAGGAUAUAGAAUGUCUUUUCAUUAACAAGAUUCACUAUCAACCAGCAGAUAGAGAACAAGCGCAACAAUUUCACCGUGUAGUUUCUCUUUGUUUUCAGAAAAGCAUAAAUUCUGAAAGUAAAUGGAAAUCAUCCUGGUGGUCGCUGGACGAGAAGAUGAAAAGGAAAGCUAAUCAUGAACGUCAGAAGCUUGCAGAAAAGAAAGGCACGUUUAUGAAGAUGCAAGCUGAAGAAGAGAAAGCGAGAAAGAAAGAGAAUGAAAAAAUAAGGGUUGCGCUGAGCAGAAAGCCAAAACCAAGGGAAGAGAUAAACGAGUAUGCUGACGAAUCUGAUAAUCCGUUUCGUGAAGAUUACUAUAAGAAAGCCAUUUACCAUCAGAAUAAAUCGGAACCUCCUAGGUUGAAGCAGAUUGAAGAAAAAGGUAAGGAAAAGUCAAGAGCUCUAGCGGUCAUUCACGACGAUGAAGGAUAUGACUGGAGUGAGAUAUUGCCUGAAGAAGACGCAGUUGGUUACGCGUUCGCAGCAGGAAAGAUUGUUCCGUUUAAAGACACAAGAACAGAAGAAGAAAAGUUUGUGAACAGAAGAAUGAAAGCCCAAACAAAAGUAAGCCGAAUCUAUACCAUUUACAAAGAAGCAAAAUUAGCUAGACGCUGGGAUCCAGACCGAGAAUGCUACCUUGAUCCUCAAGGUAAUAUUACAAUCGAUCCAAGCUCACUGAGUGUUGAUGCAAUCAUUCAGCAGUAUGCUGAAGAAGAGGAGGCUAGACAAAGAGAAUGGUGGGGUGGAACUGAAAAGAAAGUGGAAGAGAAAGAAGAAAAUGUGAAGUCGGCAGAAAAGAAGAUUGAUGAUGGAUUGAUAGAUACAUCUCAAGAGCUCACAGCCGAAAAUCUGAUGAAGAUGGAGGUAGAUUCUAGUUCUGGAACUAAGUCAAAUGGCCAGGUCAGUCAGAUUAAUAAAGAAGUGUCAGGUAAGAAAGAAGUAAGCGAAAGUGACUGCAAGAAUUGCAAGAAAAACUGCAAAGAAUGUAGCACUAUCGCUUACCUCAAUAAUAAAAAGGUUGAAGACCUAACAAAAAGGGUCAGAGAAGUAGAGAAUCAAAUCUUAAACCGAGAUAAAUUGCUAAAAGCUUCAAAUGAUCAUGCAAAAGAAUGCAAUCAUGUUGGGCAUAUUGCACGAAAGUGUACCAACUUGAAGCCUAAGACUGAAGUAGUUGAGAGCCAAAGGAAGAAAGAUGUUGUGAAAGGAAAAGCUCCAUUGAUUGUUGAGAAAAAGGUUGUAAAAAAGGAAAACACCAAAGUCAAAAUUGAACCCGUAAAGAAGUUGAUGAGUGCUCCUUUGGAUCAUUAUGAAAAGCUUGAAAAAGUAAAAUCAAUUUCAGAAAAAUGGGUGGCAAAGAAAGACCAACCAUCUGGUCAACCUAAAAAGGAUAAACUGUUUACACAAAAGGAGGUUGAGGUUGAGUCCAAAGAAAGCUUGAAAUUAAAUGAUAAAAACUUUCCGCCACUCUACACAACAAAAUCUUACAUCAAACUUGAGUUGCCUAAGUCUAAAGAGGCUUGGGAUCUUCCACAACUUGUUUCAAGAUGGAUCAUGGAUAGUGGAGCUUCCAGACAUAUGAUGUAA